AUGUGCCAAUUAUUUCGCGGAAUCGUGAUCGCUCUCAAGUUCUUCUAUUUCGUCGUCGAGUCCAUUGUCCUCUUUCUCACUCCGGCGUUUCUAAUGAAAAAGAAGAAUAUCAAAGGUCAAAACGUUUUGAUCACUGGAACUGGAAGUGGAGUUGGCCGCGAGCUCGCCAAGGAAUUCGCGAAAUACGGAUGCAACGUGAUCAUGUGGGAUGUGAAUACCGCUGGAAAUGAAGAAACUCUUCGUCAACUUCGAGACAUGGGAUUUAGCGCGAAAGGUUAUACCGUUGAUAUCAGCAUUCCUCAAAGAAUCUAUAAAGCUGCGGAUUUGGUGAAACAAGAAUGCGGAAAGGUUGAUAUUGUUAUCAACAAUGCUGGAAUUGCGAACGGAAAAGGAUUGUUCGAUUGCACAGAUGAAAUGAUUGAGAGAUCGUUUGCAAUCAACGCAAAAUCCCAUUUCCAUAUCGCAAAAUGCUUCCUACCAGGAAUGCUCGAGACCAAUAAUGGUCACAUUGUGACAGUGGCGUCGAUUGCCGGAAAAGUCGCCUCAGCGGGAUUGAUCGACUACACUGCUUCAAAACAUGGCGUCGUGGGAUUCCAUGAUUCGCUGACAGCCGAAAUUGUUCAAACUGGAAAGACUGGAGUGAUGACGACACUCGUGUGCCCUUAUUACAUCAACACGAAUAUGUUUGAUGGAAAUGGAGUGAAGACAAAGAUUCCCUCGAUUCUCGCUGUUCUUGAACAAGACUAUGUGGCCAGAAAGAUCUUGGAAUCGGUUCUGAUCAAUCGCGAAUACAUCGCGAUGCCGAGAAUCAUACACUUUUUGAUCGCUGGUGGAGGCCUUCUUCCACGCAAAGCGGCGGCACUUCUCGCCGACAGUAUUGAGCUCGUUCAGAGCACGGAUCGCUUCAAUCGCAGCCAAAAUUGA